CACCCUACCUUUCAUCAGAGCAUAAUUGGAGAAAUGAAAACUGCAUUCCCAGGAGGGGAAUAAUCCUCAACACUGAAUGCAAUGUACAGUACUAAGGAAGAACAACAACUAUUUAAACAGGCAGAACAAGAGUGGGUAACUGGGAGGAGGCUAUGAUCAAGAGCUACCAUGCUUAGAUGUAUGUGGAUGAGUUAAAAGAAGUCUUAUCUGACCAGAAAACAUCUUCAGGAGAAGGAUCACAAAAUAGAUUUUGAUAUUUUUGCAGUGUCUCCAAAAGCCUGACACAUCCAGUGUUAUGACAUGAAGAUUUUACUUGAAUUUCAAGCCCUAAGGUCCAUUUGGAACCUCAAAUCAUUCUACAGGUUAUUCCACCAAGAUCACAAGGUUUUUGCUUCUCUAAAUCUUUCCAACUAUGAAGCCAUUAAUCGAUGUGAACAGGAAGUGCCUGAGUACUUUAAUUUUGCAAGUGAUGUGCUGGAUCAAUGGUCUCAAGUAGAAAAGGAAGGAAAGCGGCCCUCAAACCCAGCCCUGUGGUGGAUAAAUGGACAAGGAACUGAAGUAAGGUGGAGUUUUGAAGAGCUGGGAUCCCUAUCCAGAAAAGCAGCCAAUGUGCUCACUGAUCCAUGUGGUCUGCAAAAGGGGGACAGAGUUAUUCUGAUUCUUCCUCGAAUACCCGAAUGGUGGCUGCUAAAUGUGGCUUGUAUGCGUACAGGAAUUAUCUUUAUUCCUGGGACAAUUCAACUGACAGCAAAAGACAUUUUCUACAGACUCCAGGCUUCUAAGGCUAAAUGCAUCAUUACCAAUGAUGUGUUGGCACCUACAGUAGAUACAAUCGUGUCUAAGUGUCAGUUCCUGAAAACCAAGCUAAUCGUAUCUGAAAACAGCAGAGAUGGGUGGCUGAACUUCAGUGAACUAUUCAAAGCUGCACCUGCUGUUCAUGACUGUAUCAAGACAAAAAGCCAAGAUCCAAUGACAGUCUUCUUCACCAGUGGCACUACAGGUUCUCCAAAAAUGGCAGAACAUUCACACAGCAGUUUGGGUCUGGGGUUUGCUCUCUGUGGAAGGUACUGGAUGGAUUUGUCUCCUUCAGACAUUAUAUGGAAUAUGUCAGAUACCGGCUGGGUGAAGGCAGCUCUGGGAAGUGUUUUUGCCCCAUGGCUUCGCGGUACUUGUGUCUUUGUACAUGCCAUGCCACAGUUUGAGCCAAAAGUAUUCUUGAAUACCCUGUGCACAUAUCCCAUAACCACUCUCUGCAGCGCCCCCACCGCCUACCGCAUGCUUGUGCAACAGGACCUCAGAAGUUACAAGUUCAAGAGCCUGAGGCACUGUUUGACUGGAGGGGAGCCACUCAACCCUGAAGUGUUUGCUCAGUGGAAGAGCCAGACAGGACUGGAUAUCUAUGAAGGCUAUGGACAGACAGAAGUAGGAAUAAUAUCUGCAAAUCUCAAAGGAAUGAAAGUUAAACCAGGUUCCAUGGGAAGGCCAACAGCCCCAUAUGAUGUCCAGAUCAUCGAUGAAAGCUGCAAUAUUCUGCCUCCUGGUGAAGAAGGAGACAUCGCCAUCAAAAUAGAUUCAAAACAGCCGUUUUGUUUUUUCUCUCAAUACAUAGAUGAGCCAGGAAAAACUGCUACAACAGUGCGAGGAGAUUUUUACAUCACUGGGGACAGAGGGACUAUGGAUGAAGAUGGAUACUUGUGGUUUGUGGGAAGAUCUGAUGAUGUCAUCAUUUCUGCUGGCUACCGCAUUGGACCAUUUGAGAUAGAAAGUGCACUGAUAGAGCACCCAGCCGUGGUAGAAUCAGCUGUUGUCAGCAGCCCAGAUCCCAUCCGAGGAGAGGUGGUUAAAGCUUUUGUGGUCUUGUCUUCUUCCUUUACAUUAUGUAAUCCAGAGAAAUUGAUUCAGGAGCUGCAAGAUCACGUCAAGAAAGCUACUGCUCCAUACAAGUAUCCCAGAAAGAUGGAAUUUGUCAAUCAGUUGCCAAAGACAAUCACUGGGAAAAUCAGAAGGAACGAACUAAGGAACAAAGAGUGGGGCCGGAUAUAACACCAUUGGGCAUCUUGGAAAUAGAUUAAUUUUAUUCCCAUAGAUAAGCUUCUUACUGUUAUUUGCUAUGGAUACUAUACACACCAUGAUAGUAUUUAAAAUGUAUCCGUCAGACAGUGAAUAGUUGAUAUUCUAAGACUGCUCACAGCUGUCUGCAGUAAGUUAAAAAAAAACAAAAGUCUUUAAAAUCCUUGUGUUCUUGCUUUACAAGCUAGGCCUAUUCAGGAAAUCAAUAUGUAAAAAUGACCUCAAUAUGUAAAAAUGACCCACCUUGUGGCUUUCAGAAUCAUUUUAGCUAAUAAAAGGAAAUGGCUAUUGCUUUCUAUGCCUCAACCUAACCAGGCCAUUCUCUUCCUUCCUGUGCAAACACAAAUUGUUUUAGAUUUUCCAAUCAAUCACAGCUGUGCAAAUCAACUUGUGUCAGGCGGCUUCCAUAGCUCUCACCAAGGACCUAAUUUAACCUGCAGAACUUUUGUUAUUGAUGAUGAACACAAAGGGAAAAAAAACAGAAUGCCCCUUAAAUUGCACACUGGAAGCGCGUGCUUAGCACUCAGCAUGGUGGGGAAAAGGCCACCUCACCUUUACACAACCCAAACAUGUUUGGUGAAGUGCCCACUGGGAACGUAACUACUGCAGCAAAAACAGGAUUUGUCCUUUUCCGGAAGAGGCAGUAAGACUAUUGUCCAUUUCCACCACAGUAGGGACAGCCUUUUAGUCUUCUGAGGUCCAAUACUUUAGUUUACUAGUGUGUCACAUUUAAUGCAUCUUUUUAAGUAAUAAAGCUCAAACAGAUCUGCCUAUUUUCAAAUUUUGCCAGACGGACCCUGAUUUGGGCAUGGAUAUGCAAGUGUAACUAAUCAUCAUUAACAGAAGUAGGCAUCUUAGGAAGUGCUCAUUUUGAGUAGUCAUGGCACUUUUGAAAACUGAAAGAAUACAAUAAUCUUUAAGAAAAAAGCGUAGGUGGCUAUAACUUUAAGAGACAAGCUGGGUCUGUAUAUGAAUAUUUCAUUGUUCUCCCCCCACCCCAUAGAUCAUUGGUAUAAAUAUAACUAGAUGUGAACACACCAAUUAGGCAGUUUCAGACCUGGUUUUCUUACCAAUCUCUAUGCUACCAAUAAACAUCGUAAGUGGUACUUGUUUCCAGUCCUUUUUUAUAACUUUCCUCUGGAAAG